GUACGUGUCAGUGGACAUGAAAACUAGAGCUGCAUGUAUUCGGUCUAAGCUAUAAGCAUGGAGUCGUUUUAAUUAUUCUUUUAGCAAUAUAACGACAACCGCAGGUGCAAUGGAGAAUAUUCAGAAUCUCCCUAUUGACAUCCAAACCAGUAAACUCUUAGACUGGUUGGUGGACAGGAGGCACUGCACACUAAAAUGGCAAAGUGCAGUUAUGACUAUUAGAGAGAAAAUCAAUGCUGCCAUUCAGGAUAUGCCAGAGAAUGAGGAGAUAAAACAUUUACUCUCUGGAACAUAUAUCCACUAUUUCCAUUGUUUACGAAUAAUCGAAAUAUUGAAAGGAACAGAAGCAUCCACCAAAAAUAUUUUUGGCAAAUAUUCAUCACAAAGGAUGAAGGACUGGCAAGAGAUUGUGUCUUUCUAUGAAAAAGACAACGUCUAUUUAGCUGAAGUGGCCAGUCUGUUGUUUCGCAGUGUAAGUUAUGAAGGUCCUGCUCUAAGGAAGCAAGUGUCUAAAGCUCAGCAGCUUCAGCAGGAGCUGAGCCGACGAGAAGUGGAAUGUCAAAGCGGUGCUGCAGACAUGAGGGAACGUUUUUAUGCGGCUUGUAAACAAUAUGGUAUAAAGGGGGAAAAUGUGGCAAGGGAGUUACAAGCUCUGGUUAAAGAUCUGCCUGUAGUUUUAGAAGAAACUGGUAAGAAAGCAGCCUGCCUGAAAGAAGCUUUAGAGUUUUACACAGCCUUCACAGACUUUGUCUGUGGCUGGUCUGAGCCAGUUCUCCCCAUGCUGUGGUUUGUCCAGAAGAAAGGAAACACAACUGUGUAUGAGUGGAAGACAGGAAAUGUGCCUACGGUUAUAGAGAGACCUGUGAUGGAGGAAGCCCCACCUGACGUUGUCACAGAGGAGACGAUUGACUGGGGUGACCUUGGCAGUGGUGCCAGUACUGAGGAGGUGAAUGUUGGGAUCUCUGUUGAGGAUGGUGUGGACUGGGGCAUUAGCCUUGAAUCUGGCCCUGAGGAAACAGGUGCUGGUGGUAUUGACUGGGGAGUUUCUGAAUCCACUCCCGUGGAAAUUGAAGUUGUGGAUGUGGGCACAGACUGUCCUGAUGGUGUUGCUAGAGGUGAGGAUGCUCUUUCUCUUCUGGAAAACUCACAGACACGGAGCCAGUUUAUCGAUGAGCUAAUGGAGUUGGAACUUUUCCUAUGUCAGCGGCUGCAUGAGAUGCGUGAAGAAGGUGACGUGGUGGCUAUGAGUCAGUUCCAGCUCGCUCCCUCUGUGAUCCAGGCUCAGACUUCCGAGCGUGUGCAGGUCAUGCUGGCAGAGGUGCGAGGCCUGCUGAAUGGGUUCACCACACUACGAAUGCAGCACCUCUUCAUGAUCCAGGCAUCACCACGCUAUGUGGAUCGUGUGUCUGAGUUACUGCGGCAGAAACUCAAGCAGGCUGACAUCUUAGUGCUGAAGCGUAGAACGCUGGCUGAAAAACGACAGGAGGCUCUAGAGGAACAGGCCAAGCUAGAGCCCCGCAUUGAUCUGCUGGCUGCUCGCACCAAGGAACUACAGAAACUGAUUGAAGCUGACAUAUCCAAGCGAUACAACAACCGGCCUGUCAACCUCAUGGGUGUUCAUGUGUGACCAAGAAGAGUAUUUACUUGCAACACAAAUGUAUAAUUUCAUAAAUAAAUUCCAUUCAUUUGUUUUA